AUGGAUUUUAAAAAUGCUAUUCAGUACCAAGUGAGUGGCAGAAAUAAGGUUAACAAUGUUCAACAAGAAAGCCAGUUAAGCCAAAAAAAUUAUAUGAACGAUUCAAAGCAAUUUAUGAGCAGCCAAAAGCUAGUCGUUCGUAAGGUUAAGGAAAGGCAAUUUAGUACUCGUAUGAGAAUCUUUACCCAAAAAAAUUAUGUGAACUGUCCAAAGCAAUUCAAGGCUCUUCAUAGAGGAAACCUUUUUCAAAACAAUUAUACACUAGUAGAAGAAAUUAAACGUGUGAAAAAUGAUAUUGAUAAUUAUAAGUUCGUUAGCACUGCGAUCGGCCUUAAGAUUCGAGAAAAUGACUCAAGAUUAAAUUUUAAUUUAAAUCGAGUUAACGAAAAAGAAUUUAGUUAUAAUUUACGUUUGAAGCAUAAACGUCUAGUUAAUAAAGCCAAAGAAUACAAAAAAAAUAACGAAAUUUCCAAUGUU